AUGGCGGAAAUUGAGUUGGCUCCACUGCGAUCUCUUAAUGAUUUUGCCUUUGAAUCGGCAAGAUUCCAGAUUCCGAAUCUUAGAGAUCCAGAAAAAUGGUCGAACAGAGUUCUGAACAAUCUUCUUUACUACCAGACAAAUUAUUUCUUGACGGCUGUCGUUGUGUUUCUUCUAAUCGGAAUUAUCCAUCCUGUUAAAAUGGUGCUUGGUUUUGCUGCUAUUUCGGUUGUGUUCCUGGGAUUUGUGUACUGCACAAACACUCAGUGGCGAGCGAAGAGGUUCAAAAGAGAUCAUCCAAUCAUAAGUGUGAUGAUAGUCCUGGUCGGUGGUUACCUGGUUGUGUAUAUGUUUGGGGCUGUCAUCGUGUUUAUGUUUGGGGUGGCAUUACCAUUACUCUUAAUUUUGAUUCAUGCUUCCUUGAGGAUGCGCAACAUGAAGAACAAGUUUUCCAAUAAGAUGGAGUUUGUGGGCCUGAAGAGAACGCCGAUGGGCUUGAUUCUUGAGGGUUUGGGUCAGGAGCAAGAGGCUGGGUCCUAGAUCCUACAUCAUUGCCUGCCUCAUUGUCCCAAGGCAGACAUGUGAACAAAGACUUAGGAAGAAAGCACUGUAGAUAUGUGCAGUUUUGUUCCAUCAAUUUAUACCUGUGAUCCACGGAAUCCCUCUGGUGCACUGGAUGAACUGAAGGUGGAUAAUGUUGUGAGAAAUUAUGGGAUGGCUAGUCCACAUGUAGAUCUGGUUGGCAUGGUUUUGAUAUUAAACAUGGUGAAGGGUUAGGGUGAGGUUCUCAGCUGUAGAGAGGUUGUUGUUGUUGUUUUCACAAAAUAAGGAAAAUUAUUAUUAAAUGAUAAUGUUUGUUAUUUUGUUUGAGGAGUUACAAGCAAAACUAAAGAUGAGCACUUAAGCUGGCUUAAAGAGCUUACCUUUUGCAUCAUUUGUAUGAAUUAAAUUUUGUAUUCAACAUAGGUGCAGAUUCAUGUCUUCUUGGCAUUCACCUACAUGUAUGUGCCAAGCACUACCUGUCCUAGUUGAUGACAGUGACAGAUAUUUGCUACCUGUGUCAGUUGAUCUAAAUUCAAGACUUUGUAUUGUUGUUAUAAAUAGAUUAUUACAGAGAUUACAUACUGACAGGCUUGGGAAUGGGAUAUAUUGAAAAGACGCCGCCCUUGUUAUUCUGCUGUCGUAGUUUUUCUGGCUUUUGGAAACCAAAGCUAGUAAGCAUAAUGAAAUCUAACCUCAUGUGGGAAACGGUUUUGAUAUUCCAUGAUUCAUGGUGCAUAAAAGCAAUUUUAACAUGAAAAAUCUAUUCUCUUUUACCUCUAGGCCUAAAGAUGUGGAAUCUUUCAGAUUGAAGCAGAAUCUAUGUAUGUACAUCUGUAUGCUGACAUUUUGAUAAGUCAAGUUAUAUUUCCUACAGUAUUUAAGUGACAUCACCUCCUGUAAUUUGGCCUACUGGCAAAAAUACUACUUUCCUUGUUAACAUGCAUAAUUAUCACAAAAAAUACUUAACUGUUAAAAGAAUGGUUUCAUGUAUCCAGUGGUGGAAUGGGCUUAUUUUUGGAUAUUAUUGCACUUUCAGUUGAAUAAUAGAGAAAAAUUAUGCAGAUGUUUACCACUGAAUAUUUAAAUGACAUAGAAAUUUUGUAAGUUGAUAUGUUGUCUCAUUUCAUAGUUUACCUUACUGUAAACAUGUGUUGUAUGUGAAGUGUUGUUUUUCUGGAUUCUCAACCAUUGCAUUUUGCUUCCCCACUCCUCUGAAGAUUUUCCUGCAUUCAGAUUUUGUUGUUAUAUGUUGCCCCCCAUCAGGACAUUCCCAUUUCUGAUCAAUGUGUCAACCUUUGUUGUAUCUCAUCAAAUUUUCAGGACAUAAGUACAUUUUCUUUGUGCUGAUUCAUGGGGUUAUACAGGUAAAAACAAGAGCACAGUCAUCCAGUUGUUAUGUUUGGUAAAAAAUUUUUCUCUUAAAUGGCUGGCUUUACUGGUCAACUAUAUGUGCGUAGGUAAUUGUGUAUGAUGAAACUAUAUUUGUGUUUCCCUUGGACAGAUGACCAUGUACAUUGCUGACAUACCUGUACUAAAGAAACAUUGUACAAUAGUCCAUAGUAUAUGUAUUGUAUGCUAAUACCAUACCAGACAAAUCCUCUGUUUCUUAGAUGUUUUCUUACUUUACACCAAUGCAUUGUAACAGCUUUCCAUGCCCAGUUAUAUUGUUAUUUCCUGCUCUGAUGUUACGCUAUAAUUAAGAUCUUUCUCACCUGUGCUGUACCAUGUUAAAUUUGGGAAGCCUAUGUGAUUAACAUGUAUAACCAGGGCACAGGUGAAAAUCCUUGUGAGCAUAUUUUACAACACCAGUGUGGCCUGACUCCACUUCCAGGUGUUGUAUUUUUAUUUCCUUUCUCUUUGGUGAUAAAAAAAGUUUUGUGUACUGAUAGUAAUGAAAGCAGCUUGUGUGUUUCCCCAAAUGAAGCCUUGCGAAUGUUUUAGAAUUAUCUUAUUUGUCAAACUCCAAACCCAUCUGCACAAUGACAAAUGGUUGAUGGUAUCUAACAUUACCCCACAUUGUAAUUCCAUUGCAUCCAUACUAAUUUCAGGCUUACGGCAUAUUUUGUGCUCUUCAGUGAGUGGAGCAGCACUUUGGUCAGUGUUUGUUUAUAGUAACAUUAUUUUAACUAUGCCCUUCUUAGCAACUGUCAUAAUAUUUGAUCACAGACAAAGUUCAUUUUUUAAGAUAAGAAUCUUUGCAACGCUAGUUCGCCAAACACAUGUAGUCUUUAUUUUUGGUUAUUAACCUACACAAACCAAUUUUCACUUUCUCCAUUGUGACUUUAAGUAUUUUGCCAGCUACUUCAGCAGACAUUUACACCUGUUGUAAAUCACAUCCCUGUGAUACAUGCUUUUCUUGAGACUCUUUUACAUCAAAUUGCUUAUAUACAUUGCUACUAAAUAGAAUAAAUCUCUUAUGUUGUUUUUGUCUCUUUUUUUCUACAAAAUAUACACUCUAUAUACAUCUUACCCAACUUUCAUACUGAGCAGUAAAGCAUGUUAUGUUACGUGAUGGAGAGCAGAACUUAAGGAGUUUCUAUAUUUUCUUUUCUUUUUUGAUACAUGUAUAUUGUGACAUACUAUCUGUAUCUAGUCUGGCUGAACUUUGUUAGUUUUGUUCUGAUUAGAAAAAAUAGUGUAAACAAAAGACAAAUAAAGUAAUUGUAAUCUUCAAGACUUUAUAAGCAGCACAGAAUAUGGUGCUACUAGUGUCAAAUGGUGAAAACCAAAACAGAGGCUUUCAUAAAAAUCAGUUCUUGUCUGACAUAGCUCAUAGGUUUUACACUACUUUUGGAGUGCAGACAUUUCAUCCCAAAACUUGCCCUGUUUCUUAUGUUGUCAUAUACCAUGUAUUUAACAUGCCUGUCUUUCACGGUGUUGGUCUUUUCCUCUACAGACGAUAUAAUUUCAAUAAUCUGCUGGGCAGAUUUGGCUUGCCAGUAUGGAAAAAUGAUAAUGAUUAUGGAAAAAAUUAAAAUGUUACUGUUUAUAUUCAAGUCCCAGAAUUACUUGUGUGUUUAGGUAAGAAAGGCAAAGGUUCUUUUUCAUGCUGUUUGUCUUUAGUGAAAUAGUUUCGGCUGUUACCUGUGUUUUGUGAAGUUAAAAUAUUGAGGGAUUUUUUUUUUUUGCAUAUCAUUUUUUUAGUCAUGUCUUUUUGUUUUUGCUAAAUAUUACUAUUUUGUACACAAAACAUUGUAAUACCAAAAUAUUUUUUUUAGCUGGAGCAUUAUGUGAUUAUUCGUGUGACUCUAGUCAAUAUUGAACUGCUCAUUUUUUUCUUGUUAAUAGAGAAAGGAAAUUAGAAAUAUUCCAAAAGUGGAAAGACAGUUCAGAUGAGGAUCUGAUUGGUAAAUACUGCUAUGACGUACUGAUGCAUCAUAAGAAAUGUCUUGUUUCCCAUCACAUUAUAUCCAGACUUUUAUCCGCCAUACUUUAUACUGGAAAAAAAAAACAUGUUAACUUUCGCAGAAAGUCUAUUGUCUGAGUGAUGCUGGAGUGUAUUCUGUUACUCCCACAGAUUAUUAUUUUAAAUACUAGUAUGAUACGUAUUCUAUUAAUUCAAGAUGAAGACCUUAUUAGACUAACAGGACAGUAGAUUGAAUAUGACAAUACUGUGUUAUAAUAACAGAGUACAUUCUAGCAUCACUCACAUAACAGACUAUCUGUUAAAAUUAACACAUUACAUACAUCCACCAAAUUUUUCAUGAGGUUUAGGACGAGAAACAAGUUUUUUUUGGUGUGGCCUAAGGUUAGAACAUAUACAUUUGUAUGUCUCCUUCAGGGCUGCAUGUAGAAGACAUCUUAGGGGACAACUGCAACAGUUUAGAAACUGGUGAGGAGCACAGUCCAUCAACCUUUCAUGGUCAAUAAGGCAUUUGCCUGCUUGUCUCACUCCAAAUUCUGUAAAAUGAUAAAGAGAAAUCUCCAAGAAAUGUAUGUAGAGAUCAUCAAGUGUCAUGAGGCUCUUGAAGGUUUCUUUCAGAUGGCAGUGUAAGCCUAUAUGCAAGUCACAAGUUGAAUAUUGAUCAGAGUGUCAUCUGCACUGUUUGACACAAUCUCUGCAGUGUUUACAACACUACAAAGCUACCUGCAUGAAGCAUGAGGUAGGUUCCAUGCAGCUGGGUGUAGAUGGACUUGUUGUGUGAUUUGAAGCUUUCAGUUGUAUCCAUAGCCGUUGUGUUCACUGAGUACAGUUUGCAAGUAGCUGGUCACUGUGGUGCAUAACAUGCAUCAGGUCUCAUUGAUGUUCACAUGGCGACAUCAGAGCAGAUGAUGCCAGUCAUGGUGGUACAAACAAUAUGCAAACAGACAAAACCUGGCCAUACGCCAGCAGUUGCUCUUGACUUUGUUGAAUCAAACCCAGAUCACAAGGCAGGCUACUCCCAGCUGUGUCGAGGUUUUGUUAAAAUGACCUAACCUUCACAUGAUUGCUACACAUGGCCAAAUGCUUAGUAGUGUUAGAGGCAGACGAAAUAUGUUUGUAGUACAGCAUGGCUACAUGUAGUACAGCAUGGAUAUAUGUACAGUAUGAACAAUCAUGAGUACUGUAUUUUACCUAAAGUUUGGUAUGUAAAAAUACACAUGAAGGUCUUAAAGUGAUACUUUUGAUGCCAGGUCUUUUCUGAUGUGAAAUUAACCCUAUGCUGUGGAGUAAUCAAUAAGAAUCGAUCAAAAUGUGUCCCUUGAGAAAUGCUCAAGUUUUGGGAAAAUACAGUAAGUGCAUCAGUUCCACAUGCAUGAUAAUUAAAAUAUGUGACCAGCUCAGCCCAUUCAUUUUAACAUUAUGCUCAAGCAAUACAUUCUUUUUGUUACUCUUUUUUUUAUAUAGAAGACAUAGUUCCUAUCAGAGGAUAGGGCCCAGCAAGGCGAAACAAAGUAUCAAAUGUGGAAAAUAGUUUACUGUACAACAAUUGAGGUUGGGCAAAGAGGCAGUGUUGACAUGUUACCAAUGAAUUCAAAGUUUCCUGUACAUUUUUCUUGGUAAAUACAAAACAUAACAUUGUUGCAAUUUUUAUCACCUAUUACAAGACUGGUAUGGAGUGAUGCAGUUUUAAAUGUUUUGCGCAGCAUAAUAAAACUGUGUGCUAACAUAGAUUUUAGAAACUUGCCAGUACUCAAUGAUAAUUUAAGUUUAUGUGAAAACAAAAAAUUAUCUAUCAUUUGUUGUUGACAUCAUUCUUAUAAGCUGAUCCCCCAAUUAAGUCCCUACCUAUUCAUUAAGUAUUAAUAGGUAACACUGUUGCAGUAUGUACAUGUAUUCGGUUGGCAUUUUCAUCCUUUCUGUGAAAUCUUAAUUCAGUGCAUAGAUGGCAUUGUUUUAUUGUUCUCAUUUCAUGUCAUACAUGAGGCAGAAAUAAAUACA